AUGCCACCCCUGGCGAUAGUUUGCUACCAGCAGUUCAAAUCUACCUAUUGGCCAUCCUAUCGCAGGGUAAAUUGCUGGUGCUUGGUCACAUUAGCGUCCAAACUGGAAAGACAGAUCGAGCUUCGAGUUAGUGGAAGACUUGAAUUACCAGUUGGCAACAGAUUCAAAUUCAUCGAGAGAGAAGAUCAUCUGCCGUAUGAGGCAAUAUCUGAUACCGGUAGCUCGCUGAUAGCUGGUCCGUAUGCAGCAGUAAAGACCAUUGGACAGACGCUAAAUUUAAAAUACAAUCUAUCAUACUCACUGUACAUGGUUCCUUGCGAUCAAAUCGACGACCUACCUGACAUUUAUUUUGUGAUUAAUGGCACGAGAUUUAAUUUGUCUCCCCAGAAUUACGUAUUUAAGGUGGGUAUUUACGUUUAUAAACAAAACGUGAUCAUAUUUUUUAAGCAUGGAGAAGUCUGCUUCUUGGGGUUUAGUAGUCGGAAAUCUAGAAGCACAUGGAUAUUCGGAGACUGCUGGAUUCGUCAAUAUUGCCACAUUUUCGACUUGCAGAACAAAUUGAUCAAAUUAUGUCCGGCACUAAAAUAG